AUGUUUGACCAAAAUCAAGUCCUUGUUGCAGCUGCCAUUGUUUUCUUAGGCUUGUCUAUUCCAGAACCAAAGGAGACCAAUCAAAGUCGAUCCGCAAAGCAUUCUACUGAAGAAGCAGCCUCCAAGAAGAAGAAUGGCUAUCAUUGUAAUUCAAAUGAUCACAAAGACAAUGUUACUAGCUUCCUUGUUUCUGAUGCUUAUUGCUGGAGUGCUAUCUAA